AUGAUCCCCAGCAAACUUCUAUUCCUCUUCUCCUUCAUUCUUGUGCCUGCCUUCGGUCUUCCAUCAUGCUGUGAACCCGAACAUGACAGCACCAAGAACCAGCGCGUUCUCGAUGACUAUCUUGAUAUAUGGAGCGGAAAUCUGACUCUGGCAGAGACUGUUUUCCAUCCCGAUGUUGUCCUUCAUUCCGACCGGUUUCCCUCAUCGACUGGCAAGGGCAGUGAUCUGAUCAGUGUCACCAACAGAGAUGAAUUCGUCGCCUUUGUUCAGCGGUCACGAAAGGGAUGGAAAAGAUAUACAUUCACCCCCAUAAGAUCAACGGGCGAUGGGGAGUCCGUUGCAGUUCGAUGGGCAAUGCAUGGAGUGAUCGGUAGCAACUUCACACUUUUUCCAACUCCCUUGAAGGCAGGUGCCGCAGUGACCUACGAUGGGACCGAUUUUUUGGUCCUAGAUACCUGUACCGGCCUGGUGCGGGAAGUCUACAUAACCCAAAAUCUGUUACAAUAUUUUCAUGCGAUGGGACUGACCGCUAUCACCGUCUGA